AUGAGGCCAAUGCUCAUUCUCAACCGCCAGUGCGGUCUGCGCUUUCAAAGAGCAUAUACCACAAAAACACCAUCAUCCAUAGUUUCUGCACUCAAAGCCCACCCUCCAAAAAUCAUAACAGACUAUCUCACUCCAAUGCCCUCACAUCUCCUUACAACUACUAUCAACGACCUGCUCUCCCCUGCUCCCUCGGAACCCACAAUAUCCUCACCUCCUCGCGCUCUCCCACAGGGCCAUCAUCUCGUUUAUUUCCCCAUUCAGCUACCCCCCUCGCGUCUCAUCCCUGACGGUGCAGAUCCUGAUCACUCGCCUGGUCCGCCGUAUACUCGACGGGUUUGGGCGGGUGGUGAGGUCACGUUCAGGGGCGAGGAGAUGAAGCUGGAUGCGAGGCCUGUGGUAUGUAGGGAGAAGAUAGGAGAUGUCACCCUGAGAGGUAAAGAGGGUGAGGAGAAGGUAUUUGUUGAUGUGUGGAGAAAAUAUGGAGUUGGGCAUGAGAUUGAAAGAAGAGAAGACUGGGAUAUUGAAGAGAGGAGGACGUUGGUGUUUAUGAGGGAGGAGGAAGGAUCUGCUCCACCGUCUGCGCGUCUCCUCAAGUAUCCUCAUCCUCCAUCUAAAUCCAUCUUUUUGACACCGUCACCAACACAUCUAUUCCACUUCUCAGCUCUCUCAUUCAACGCUCACUCCAUUCAUUUCGAUCCGCAAUUUGCGCGAGACGUAGACGGCCAUCGAGCACUUCUAGUUCAUGGCCCUUUCACUCUUGCACUGAUGCUCCGCGUACUGAACGACCAACUCGGCUCUGAUGCGUCUGUUCACAAGUUUAGCUACAGAAACUACGCGCCUCUUUAUGUUGACGAACGCAUGAGCAUCAAUGUCCGUAGGGUGUCAAAGGAAAAUGGCGUGGAAGGACGAUGGGAUGUCUGGAUUGAGGGGCCAGAAGGGGGAAUGGCUGUAAAAGGAACUGCGGACGUUGUUUGCCAAUAG